AGGUAGAUCUGUAUUCCCUUCCCCCGAAGUAGGACUAGCACAAGAGUACCCCUCUACGCUGGUCAGCUUCAAUUUUAGCACACAAUAACUUCAAUGUUGUGUUUUUAGGAAUUUAAAGUCAGAGAACUCUAACUAAGACUACCAUGUCGACGCACCGUUAUCAGAAGACUUUUGCGAGCCGCCUCGAGACCUCUACUACCUCGGGCGGCGGCGAUAGCUGUAGCUCAUCCAACUCGGAUGGCGAGAACGACGAGAAUUGUGCUUUCGUGGAUCAACAUGCCGCUUCCAGCCCGCGCUUCCUAGAGGACGACCAGCUCGAUGUCAUUUCGCAGGGGGCGAACGGCUACAGCACCGAUCAGUCGGUGCUCAGUACGCAGUCCUCCCCCAUUGUCCGCCUGGGACAGGGGGUCCGGGUGUGGCGCCACCAGUCCGGCGCAGAUAGUGGCACCCCAGGGCCGUGGUCCGCGCGGAGGCUGAAAACGGGCGUCAGCGAUGGAGAAGCGAUCAUACGGCGAAGGUAAAAAUAUUGGUGCUCACGAAAUUUUAGUACCCUUUUCGGCAUACUGAUGCUCCAGAAUGUGACAGAGUGAAGCUAAGUCUCCUCCUCCUGCCACGAGUAUUAGCAGGUAGAUGUGCGCAUAGAAAAAGUCGCCCUAUUCCUGUUAAGAGUGGAAAAGUGGCCCUAUUCCUGUGAUAAAAGAUUGGCAUAGAAACGUUCCAAUCCCCUCCACAGGCAUAGCAACUCCCGAAGCCGCAGUCGGUCCCCGAGCCUGAGAAAAAACGGUUUUUCCGCCUUCACGGACCGCGUGAAGGGCUACGCCGAGUUUCACCGACUUCUCGCGACUCGCGGAAAGCUGCCGUUCAUUCGGCCAAACGAUUUCACCGUCGGAGACGCGCUGCUCGGGACCAACAAGGCGAGCGCGCUGGAGACGAGCAGGUCCAUUUCGAAAUUGUACGACGAGAGCGAUAAUUCCCAAGCGGGCCACAGCAGCGACGACAGCGACCGCUCGACGACGUUGAACACCAUCAAGUCCUCGAAGUGGUCGACGGACCAACUGGAAGAUCUGCGCCACGCGUUCCGGACCUACCUCCCCGCCUACAUGGUCUACGGCCCGUGGACCGCGGCGUCCAUCGUCUGUCUAACGUUGUUCACCUUCACGGUGGCCUUCUCCGGGUUUUGGAUUCUCCGGCACCCGGAGUGGCUCGGCGGGUUUAUGGGCGAAGGGGUGUUACUAAGGCCGGAGGAACUGUCCAAGCAGGACUUGCUCAAGUUCUACAGCGACACAGGAGCGAGUGACAUGAUGAAACAGCACGGCCUGGCCUCGUGGCAAAUCCACAACCCGAUCUCCGUGUUGUUAAUUCGGCUCCUUUUCACCGCGGCGUCCUGGUUUGUGCUCAUCUGGGCUUUGAAGGACACGCUGUGGGCGAUCACGAUGUACACGAUGUGGAGCUGGACGUUCAUGACGAUCCGGUGGACGUUGGGUCUGUUUCUCUCCCUUCUCGUUCUCUUCGGCGACUGCACGCGGUCCACGUCGAAAGUGUACUACGGGUUGGAGUCCGUUUACGAAGUGCUCCGGUUCGUGUCCAUCAUGCAAAACGGGACGACCUGGGUGGUUGCGACCUUCGUCUUGAUCCCGUUUUUCUACAUUGUUUUGAGGAUGUCUGACAAACCGCAGCUCGCGUCCGAGUGGUUAAAGGUGAAUUUCUCCGCGUACAAUCUGGUACUGCACUUCCUGAACUUCCUUCCCUUCGCUACGUUCGAGCACGUGUUUAUCAACCCGCGGCGGUUCAACGCGGUGGACAUGUGGCUGGGCAUGCUGUUCGGCUUUGUGUACCACGUGUUUUACCUCUUCGUCCUGGACCGCAACGGGCUGCACUUCUACCCGUUUCUGAACCCGCGCACCAACGUGGCCUACACGGUGGGGGUGGUCGGGAUCAUCCUGCUGGGCUACGUGUGGCUGGUUCUGGGGAACGCGAUCGCGGGCGCGGCGCUGGGGGUCGAGGACGCGCAGAAGGGGAACCCGAACGUACACAAACUGGUCGAGGGCAUCAAGGAUUUCUCGACCAAAACGGUGGCCACGGUCGGGUCGAAAAUUCUCAAAGUCAGUUAAGUUAUGUUUUACUAAGUAGGUCAAGCUUGACACUUUUGUAGUUUCAGGUUGUAAAAGCUAGCUCAUCACGCAAGUUGUUAUCUCAUCUGGUUCACAAAAUUCGAGAAAAGGAACCGGAUAAUCCAGUUCAUUUACUCAGUGUGAGUGUCGUAGCCUCUGAAGUUUCAGUUUUCAUCAUAUAAGCUUUCAUAUCAGUUGUAGAGCAUUAGAAGCAAACGAAACGAGUAGCCCGCUGCGUCUAGCGGUUUU